CCUUGAAUUAUGUGUCUAACAGUACGCGGUGGUUUCGGUGCUGCUAAAAAAUAUGGAUAAGAUAUUGCGUCUUGUUUCUCAACGGUCAAAAACAUCAAAUGACAGUGAAGAUAAUGAAAAGCCAGUUGCAUUUCAACCACCUGCUGCAAUAUCAUCCAAAGAAACAAAUGAUAACUCCACUGAUCCGCCUAAUCCAACUCGAGAUCCACAUGUUAUACAAGAAUUAAUCAAUAGUGUUGACAGUGUCUAUUAUUCAUUGGCAUUUGACUCUGGAAAGUAUGAAAUUGAAAAUGUUGCCGGUCCUAAUUGUCGUGAAUUGGCUAAAUUGAAGUUACGCCUUUUAGCUUUAGACCGUCAAAAUAAGGCUGUUUCCAGACGUGUUUCUGAAUUAGUCCUAGAGAAACAUCCACGUUAUGAAGCUGAAUUGAAAGGUGUGCUAUCUCUACAAUCGGAUAAUUGGGAAACUCUGUGUAUGUGUCGACAAAUCAGAAGUUCAUUAAAACAAGCUGAUGAAUCCCUAGUCAUAUCUCGAUUAAUUGUAUUACGUAAUUAUCGUAGACAAAUAAGAUUACAACAAACAUUGAAUGUUUUAUUUCAAUUACGGAAUUUACAGAAUAACGUUCAUAAACUGGAUACACUCAUUAAGCAAGGUGAAUUUUACGAUGCUAUUCGGUUAUAUCGUGAAAGCCUUGUCCUACUGGAGGAUUUUCGUUCUUACCGAUGCAUCGAACCAAUUCACGUCAAACUGAAAGCAUCAGAACUACGUAUUGAUGAGAAAUUGGAUUCAGAGUUACAACGAAGCUGUGAACAUUUCGAUGAUAAAGCAUAUUCAACUGUACAACGUGCUUUUGAACUCCUAGGAAGUACUCAAACAACAUUUGCUCAACUUCAAAUGCAUUAUGUAGCUGCUAUCCAACGUAGAUCCUUCAAUUUAGUUCAAGUCCACUUGGAAACACCUUCAUCGCAAAUGAUAGACAUAUCUGGAGAUAAUUCCGACCAUUCAUCAUACUCUGAUAUGUGUCAGCAACUUCCUCAUUGGACUCUUUUGCCUUGUCUAAGAGCAAUUUGUCAAAAUAUGUGGCAAAUUCUGCUGUGUUAUCAUUGUACAAUACAAUGGCAUAAGAAUCGUGCUGCUGGUAAAAGUUCGAAAAGCUCCUCGAAAUCCCCUCAGUUGAACUGUAAUCCAUUUUCCUCGGACACAUCACUAAUGAAGUCAAAACAGCAUAAAGCUAAAUUAAAAGAUGGUGAUACAGACAGUAAUAUUAGUAAUAGUAAUAACAAUAAUAAUAAUAAUAUGAUCACUGGUGAUAAUGACUCUGCAAUUGUUAUCACUGAUCGAAACAGUAGUCCUUUAUCAAAAUCGUCAAGUGUAACCAAUGAUGAUCAUGGGUGUGAUCCUGAAUUGGCUAGACAAUGGCAUGAUUAUGUUGCCUGUAAACUGGAUUCUGGUCGAUCACGUAUCUGGUCGGAAAUUAUCUCACGUAUUGAACCGAUUCUUAGUGUUGUCGGUGUAGUUGCUAGAGAUAUGACAUUUGAUCAGAUUGCAUCAUUGUUAACUACUGUAAAUCAUUUUGUACAUAUUGGUGAAGAGUUCUGUGAAUGCCCAGCCAACGAAUUAUUAGAAGCUUUAAGAAUAUCAAUACAAAAGUAUUUCAAAGAUUUCCAUAGAAAACACAUGGAACGAUUAAAAAUGUUUUUAGAAAAUGAAACAUGGGAAAUAUGUCCUGUGAAACGUUCAUUCACUGUAAUGGAUCUUCAGGAGUUUAGAGCCGUUAAAGAUUUAUUUGAACAAAAUACUGGUAAUAAUAACAAUAAUGAUAACAGCAGCAACAGCAAGUAUACUACAAGUGGAAAUCAUAAAACUAAUCAAGAAAAUAAUUCAACAAAUGUCCCUUCAAAAUCACAAAAGAAAAAGUUAUUCUCUUUCCCCUAUACAAUUGUACAAUUCCCUAUUAAUACAGAGGAUAAUAAUAAUAGUAGUAAUAAUAGCAAAAAGAAAAGCACUACUACUUCCACUACUGAGGCCAGCAGUCAUCAUAAUAGUAGUAAUCAUGAAAGAAAUUCACCGAAUUCCCUGUUGGAUUCUACAUCUACCUCGUUAUCAAUAGAGACUAAAAAAUGGUCGAAUACAAAUUCUUCCUAUGAAGAUAAUGAUGAUUAUAAUGAGGAUAAUUUGUCAUCUACUCAAAAUGAUUUCUCUGAUGAUAAAUCACUUCCGGUUGGUCAUAACGGUCCACUGUUCUCAACAACUACGUUAGAAGUCCUUCGAUUAAUUGGUCGUUAUUUACAAAUGAUGAGACUGUUACAACCGAUUGCCGGAGAAGUGAUGCACUGUUUAUGCCAAGUAUUCGAUUAUUAUUUGUAUUCAAUCCUGAAUCUUUUUGGUUCCCCUCAGAUUUCCAAUUCAGCUGAACUUCCAGAACGUCUUCGGACAACAUUAAAACGAAUCAAUGAACGGCUAAUAGCAGUGGAUGGUCAUCCAAGUGUAUUAGCAGGGGAUCGUUUCUCCUUGCCAUUACGUGGACCUAUUGAUUUAUUUAAUACUUGCAAUUCACCUACUGAAAUCAGUCCAACGGUGACUGGCACAAAUGGCGCUGAACGUGAAUGUCAACUAGUACAUUGUCUACAGAUUUAUGUUGUCUCAGUGGAAUCAGUUAUUUGUUUAGCAGAUAUAUUAGAAACAGUCCUUCUACCGCAUUUAACAGCUUGUCUACCAGAUAAUAAACGUGGUCUAGCACUUGUAUUCCGGGAACAAUCAUUAAUGGCAGCUCGACAAAUUCGUGAACCUUGUGCCACGGGAUUAGCACCACGAUUAUUAAAUAUCAUAAUACCUAAGAUGAAUGAUGCAUCAUCAACAAAGUAUCCUCGACAGUCGACAACAAGUAACAGUAGUGCAUCGAGCACUUCAAGUUUCAGUAGGAUAUGGCCAUUAGGCUCUAGUCUAAGUCAACAACAACAACAACAGAACCAAAGUGACAAGGAGUCUCCCACUACCGCUACUACAGCAAAUGCAAACUCUCCAUUAUCUCCACCUCAGAAUCCCACUAAUAUAACUCCUGUUGCUUCUCCUCUUACUAAUUCAGUCGAUAUUCUUGCUAUGCAUAUAUGUGCAUUGAAUUGGUCAACUAAAGAAGUUGCCAAUACACCAAACACUUAUGUCAAUCAUAUUAAUACUUACAUAUUCUAUCCAUUUUCAUUAACAAUACAAAAUAUAUCACAGAAAUUUAAUCUACAAAAUCAUGUAAUGAUUAUUGUCAUUUGGAAUGCAUUAUUAGCUUGUUUAGCUACUCAGCUACUUGAAGCAUUUGGACGUGUACAACAAUGCUCUGAUGAAGGACGUGGACAAAUGUUAUUAGAUAUACAAACAUUAGCUGUAUACGCUCAAUCGGCUAGUAAAAUACGUUCCUUUCCCAGAUUGGAUCAUCUUAUUGAAUAUAUUCAAGCCUUCUAUAUACCAGUACACGAAUGGGAACACUGGUUGACAAAUUGUGGGACUAAGUAUUCACGUGCCCAACUCACUGGACUUGCAUCAUGUUUAUCGCGAUCUGAUAAACGCCAAUAUCAACGUCUUUUAAACACGAUCAAUCAAAUUUAUAAUAAUAGUAAUAAUAACAAUAAUACAACAAAUCAAGCAACACAUUCAUCCUUCUCAAAUAAUAAUUUACUUGCCAAUACAGCCAGCUAG